AUGGGAUUCCAGACUCCUAGGAUCUGGGUAUGGUUGGCCUUGACGCUUUCCUUCUCAAGUGCCUAUGACAUUAUUCCAGGUAGACCUGUCGACCACACUAAGUCUAUAUGCAGUUCAUGGGGCAACUUCCAUUACAAGACAUUCGAUGGAGUGAUCUAUCAGUUUCCGGGAACCUGCAACUAUAAUUUGGCUUCACACUGUGGGGACUCCUACCAUGAAUUUUCUGUCCACAUCCAGCGUGCCAUAGAGGAUGGUGACCCAGUCAUUCACCAAAUCUUUAUUCAAGUCAAGGAUGUUUCCAUUGAACUGAAGAGAGAUGCUGCGAAGGUGAACGGGCAAAUCUUUGAGACCCCUUACUUCAAUUAUGGAGUUUUCAUAACCAAGAAGGAUGGGUACACAAAGGUGCAUACAAAGAUUGGUCUGACCCUCACCUGGAACCAAGAAGAUUCAGUUAUGUUGGAGGUGGAUUCCAAGUAUCAAAGCAAGAUGUGUGGUCUCUGUGGGGAUUACAAUGGCAUUGCAGCUCAUAAUGAAUUCUUUUUGAAUGAUAUGCCACUCAACCCUAUCCAGUUUGGAAAUAUGCAACACAUCAAUGAUCCAACUAUUACCUGCACAAAUGUAGAUGAGAGCCAACAGAUGAAUGUUUCCAGUUGUGGGCAAUACUACUCUGUGUGCAAGAGUUACCUCAGCCAAAGUGCCUUUUCAUCAUGCCAAGAUCUUCUUGAUGUAUCUGAUUACGUUAUGACCUGCAUGCUUGAUGUGUGCUCCUGUAGCAGUGCCGAUGUCUCCUGUCUAUGCAGUACAUUAACUGAGUAUUCAAGGCAAUGCACUCACGCAGGAGGGAUCCCACAGAACUGGAGAACUAAUGACCUCUGUCCUAAACAGUGCCCUGGGAACAUGGUAUACCAGGAGAGUGGUUCCCCAUGCAUAAGUUCGUGUUCUCAUCAUGAAGUAACAGGCCUUUGUGAGGAACAUAAUAUUGAUGGCUGCUUCUGUCCUGAUGGCACAGUGUGGGAUGACCACAAUAACGCCGGCUGCAUUUCAAUUAGUGAAUGUUCCUGCAAGUAUCAAGAAAAAUUCUAUGCUCCAGGAUCAAAGAUUUUAAAUGAUUGUGAAGAAUGCUCUUGUAAUGCAGGAAAAUGGACCUGCACGCAUGGGGUAUGCCCCAAAGUUUGUUCCAUUGAAGGAGGAGCUCAUUUCAAAACAUUUGAUGGGAAGCCAUACAAGUUCCAUGGCAACUGUUACUAUUUGCUAUCUAAGGCAAGGCACCAUACAAUUCACACUAUUGUAGCCGAGAUGACUCCAUGCAAUGCUUACUCCCGGGAGACUUGUCUAAAAACCAUCCAGUUCUACACAGAUGACAAUGAAAAUGUGCUGUCCAUCAGAGCUGACGGAUCUGUUUUAUUAAAUGAUCUCAAAAUAAGCCUCCCUCAUGUUACAGGAAGUUUCUCAGUUAUACAGCCCACUGAAUCAAACAUCUUUAUCAAGACAAAAUUCGAUCUUCAAAUGCAAAUCUAUCUCCUACCACUGAUGCAGCUGUAUAUUAGCAUGGAUAAUACUGAUCAGAAUACCUUUGAAGGUCUUUGUGGUAACUUUAAUUACAAAGAAGGAGAUGACUUCAUAACAUCUGCAGGUAUAGAAGAAUCAACAGCAUCAGCCUUUGCCAACACCUGGAAAGUACAAUCUACCUGCCAAGACUCAGUAGAGGUGUUAAUAGAUCCUUGCAGCUUCAGCAUGGAGACUAAAAUCUAUGCUGAGAACUGGUGUUCUAAGUUAAGAGAUUCAGAGUCUCCAUUUUGGAAAUGCCAUUUUGCAGUGGAUCCAACUGAAUAUUAUAAGAGAUGUGAGUAUGAUACCUGCAGCUGUAGUCACAGUGAAGCCUGUAUGUGCGCAACACUGUCCUCAUAUGCCAGGGCCUGUGCUGCAAAAGGAAUCAUCUUGUGGGACUGGAGGAAAGGAAUCUGUGAUAAAGAGAUUCCCAGCUGCCCAGCCUCACAGAUAUACUUGUAUAACAUCACUACUUGCCAGCCUUCUUGCCGCUCCCUGGCAUUAGAAGAAAAAGAAUGUGACAGUAAAUUCACCCCAGUUGAUGGCUGUGGGUGCCCAGAUGGAAUGUAUCUCAAUGAAAAAGAUGGUUGUGUUCCCAUAUCACAGUGUUCUUGCUACCACCAAGGAAUGUAUCUUAGACCAAAUGAGGUUUUCUACAGAAUGGGUGAACGAUGUUCCUGCCAUGAAGGAAAACUUAACUGUGAUUCUUUUAUCAAUGACACUUGUUCCGAUGGAAAAGUCUUCCUUGACUGUAAAAAGGAAAGGAGAUCUCACAUGUCACGGCAUAGGAGCUGUCGGACCUUGAAUAUUGGACCCAUGGGGACAGGCUGCAUCUCCGGAUGUGUGUGCCCAGAUGGGCUGCUUGAUGAUGGGAAUGGAGGCUGUGUCCAAGAGAGCUCCUGCCCUUGCUCAUAUAAUAAUGAAGUUUAUCCUCAUGGAUUUAGGCUCACUGAGGAAUGCAAAUCCUGCACAUGCGAGAGUGGGCUUUGGUCAUGCAUACAAACACCUUGUUAUGGAACAUGUACCAUCUAUGGGAGCGGCCAUUAUAUUACAUUUGACAAGAAAUUCUAUGACUUUGAUGGAAGUUGUGAAUUUGUAGUUGCUCAGGACUAUUGCGGUGACAGUGCAUCAAAUGGUACAUUCAGAAUAAUCACAGAGAAUAUCCCAUGUGGCACCACUGGAGUAACAUGUUCAAAGUCUAUCAAGAUAUAUUUAGGGAAUACAGAACUGAAGUUGACUAAUAGUCACAUGGAAAAGUUUGGAGAAUCUGAAAUGGAAGUGAAAUAUAAAGUCCGUGAAGUGGGUCUUUACCUAGCAAUUCAUACAAGCGAUGAUAUUUCCCUCAUCUGGGACAAGAAAACCUCCUUAUUAAUCAGGCUGCCAUCUUCUUACAAGGGUAAAGUUUGUGGCCUGUGUGGAAAUUAUGAUGAUAACGCCAACAAUGACUUCCUGACCAGCCAAUCAAUACAAGCCAGCAAUGCAAUGCCAUUUGGAAACAGUUGGAAGCGUAGUAAUGAUUGUCCUGAUGCAAACAGUAUUCCCCAGCCAUGCAUGGCAGCACCCCACCGCAGAUCUUGGGCUGAAAAGAAGUGUGACAUUAUCACCAACGAUGUUUUCCGAAGCUGCCAUAGCAAGGUGGAUCCAAAACCCUUCUAUGAUGCUUGUGUAAAUGAUGUGUGCUCCUGUGACACUGGUGGGGACUGUGAGUGCUUCUGCACUGCUGUGGCUGCCUACGCUCAACUCUGCGCUAAAGCAGAUGUCUGUGUUCACUGGAGAACACCAGGAAUAUGUCCAAUAUUCUGUGACUACUAUAACACCGAUGAGAAUGAAUGUAUGUGGCACUACUUUGCUUGUGGUCCUGAGGAUAGAAGCAACCACCACAUCACCAAGUACUGCAGCUCACCACCUGUCACACACCUGGAAGGUUGUUACCCAACUUGUCCAUCUGAACGUCCUUACUAUGAUGAAAUCGGUAAAUUAUGUGUCGAUCACUGUCCAUGCAUUGUCAACAACAGUACCUACAGCAUUGGUCAGCAAAUACCUAAUCCUGAACCCUGUCAAAUAUGUACGUGUGGUACUGACCUAAAGAUGCAAUGUACUACAGACCCAGGUACUAAAACUUUUGAAUUCCUAAAUGGCUUCUGGCAACAUCUGUGUCAGAAACAACUUCAGCAGCAACAACACAUAUCACAAGAUGUUCAUGUUACCAUAAUGGAAAAGUAUAUAUGCCAGAACAAGCAACUAAACAGACAACUUCUUCUACUUGCAGAUGAGAAAAUUAUAGGCAUCCACAGUAGUGAAAGGGAUGGAAAAUGCUACAGCUAUGUAUGUGACAGCAAUUGUGAGAAAAUAAGAACUGUGAUAUCAUGUCCACCACCUGUACCACCUACUCCACCAGCCACAACACAAGUUAUAAGAUGUGUCUGUCGUCAUGAAGGAAGAGUGUAUCUGCCAGAUGAGGCCAUUAUAAGAAGCCACAGUAGUGAACGGGAUGGAAAAUGCUACAGUUUUGUAUGUGACAGCAAUUGUGAGAAAACAACAAGUGAGAUACCAUGUACACCACCUGUACCACCUACUCCACCAACCACAACACACGUGAUAAGAUGUGUCUGUCGUCAUGAAGGAAGAGUGUAUCUGCCAGAUGAGGCCAUUAUAAGUAGCCACAGUAGUGAACAGGAUGGAAAAUGCUACAGUUUUGUAUGUGACAGCAAUUGUGAGAAAACAACAAGUGAGAUACCAUGUACACCACCUGUACCACCUACUCCACCAAGUAAGUUCUUACCACUAAACAAGAGACGUGUUAAUAAUGAGGAAGAUAUCAAGAUGCUGCCACAACACACAUCAGAAGAUGCGUCUGUCAUCAUGAAGGAAGAGUGUACGUGCCAGGUACAGCAGUCAAUACUAGAAUGUUCCUUUAAUGGGGAUCUUAAACCCCGAAAAAAGAUUUAA